UGUAAAUUUCCUUCUUUCAAAAACUACUCUUGAGCUUGUAUCACACGGGAGGAAGAAUGGCGCAUCAGCUGCUCCAGCUGCGCAGCAUACCACUUUCAAAGGUACCAGACCUUGAACUUCCGACCCAAAAAAUUCGAUCAGAUGAAGCCGUUGAGGCGUGGAAAGCGACCCGUGGUUACGAAGACUAUUCAUUGUAUUUGCGCCGACUCAAUGAAGCGGUAGUCGGGUAUACCCUCCCAUGGGAAAGCCCAAAUGCAAGUCAGGCUGUUCUAAAAUUAAUCUCUCUCCUGGAUAUUCUGGACAGCUGGGUCACAGAUAUACCGCCGUUAAAAACGCCCCAGAGAUUCGGAAACCUUGCUUUCCGUACCUGGGGGAAGCGUCUCGAAGAGGAGGCGGAUGGACUGCUUCUCUCCCUUCUUCCCACAGAUUUUUCUCCGGUCGUUCCCCAUGUUCGAUCCUAUUUUUUAUCCUCCUUCGGCUCUUUCAUACGCAUGGAUUAUGGCACUGGGCACGAGACGUCUUUUGCUCUGUUUCUCUGCUGCCUGACACUCGUUCGUUUCCUUCAGCCUACUCCGGAGGAAGAGAGAGAUGUCGUCUUUUGCGUCUUUUUGAGAUAUCUUCACCUCUGCUGGAAACUGCAGGAUGUUUACAUGCUUGAACCCGCCGGUAGCCAUGGUGUAUGGGGGCUUGAUGAUUCUUCGUUCCUGGGCUAUAUCUUUGGUAGUGGUCAACUUCGAGACCAGACUGAAAUACCGGUAUCAGCAGUUCUUCACCCUCCCCUUCCUCCCACAAACUUGUAUUUUUUGUCGAUCAUGCGUAUUCAUCAGGUCAAGCGUGGUCCUUUUCAUGAGCAUUCUUCCCAGCUUCACUCAAUAGCUAUUGGUGUACCCAACUGGGGUAAGGUUAACACGGGAUUAUUCAAGAUGUAUGAGGCUGAAGUACUGGGAAAACGUGUGGUGGUCCAACACCUACCGUUGGGUGGGAUUCUGGAGUGGAAUCUCCCCUCGGUACCGACGCUGCUUAUCUCUCCUUUAGAAAAUUCUUCGUCUUCCACUUCUUACUAUCCUUUGCAGGCACCGUGGUUGAGAUCACCAUCCGGAGCCGCUGGCCAAUCCAAUCACUCAGCAUUUUCUUCAGCAUUUUCCACCACGUCGACAAGGAGACCUGGUGACCCAUAUGCGCGCGCAGGCUUGUCUGUGCCACAGGAACCGAGUCCGAUGGAAACCUCUUAUCAGAAGAGAUAAGAUUGAAUCUAACGGAAGGAUCGGGGCUGAAAGGCGAAAUCUCGCAAAAGUUCAAGGGGGACUAUAGUGUUCCGAUAGUAAAAUCUUUCUUUCCGCGACUCGCGUCUGGUAACUAUUUGCAGCUAGUCAUUUGGUCGAGCCCUCUUGUACCUACGUUGCUUUGGGACAUUACAGUGUCCUUGA